AUGACGAGGAUUACUGGGCUUACUAUUCUUGUUGUGUAUUUGCUCUGUUGUGCCAAGGCAGAUGCCGCCAAGGCGAAUGUACGACGAAAGCUUCACGAUGACGACGUUCAUGUCACACUGGUUCCUUGCUUUUCAGCCGAUACCACUGUGCAAGUGGAGCGGCAAGGAACGACCGCCAUGAAAGAUCUUCUUGUGGGUGACCGUAUCUGGACGGAUCAGGGACACUACGAACCCGUCUACGCCUUUGGACACUAUUUACCGCAUCAAACAGCCGAGUUUCUCACUUUGACGACUGGGCUCUACGCGCCGCUGGUUCCCAGUGCCUCUUUUUUGGUUCAGCACAAUUCCCUCUUGGUAUCUUCCUAUGCUCGCAUGGUACAAGACAGUGAUCAUGCCCAUUUUCAGAACGGAGUUGUCAUCAUGUCACAACACGAUGGCAUUCAUUUGCUAUUGACACCCUUUCGGGCCCUCUGCACUAACUUGUUACGUUGUGACCAAUACAGCCCGGAUGGGUAUCCACCGUAUGUGGACACGGGCAUGCGCAUUUUGACUUGGGCCGACCAACUCCCACUCGUGGCACAAGUGGUUCUCUUGGGCCUGGCACUGCUGAUCUUUGGGAUUCUGAGAAUGCUAGAACUGUACGGCUGGGCGGCCGUGCUGGUGGUGCUCUGGAGGGUGGCUUAUCUCAAUGGCAGCAGCAACCCCCGUCGUAGUAGUGGCCAUCUCUGUAAGAUAAAGAUGGCCUAA